UCGGGCCGGGCUCUGCUGGCUGCGGCUGGAGCGGGACCCGGGAGGCGGCGGCGGCGUGAGCAGCAGUGAACCAUGGAGCUGUAUUUCGGUGAAUAUCAACAUGUGCAGCAGGAAUACGGUGUCCAUCUGAGACUCGCAAGUGAUGAAACCAAAAAAUCAAGGAAUUCCCAGCACGCUAAGGCAGGCUCCUACGGUGUCAGUAUUCGGGUCCAGGGGAUUGAUGGCCACCCCUACAUAGUCCUCAAUAACACAGAGCGGUGUCUGGCAGGCACGUCUUUUUCUGAAAAUGGGCCAUCAUUUCCGUCUCCAGUGACAAGUAACCUGACUCUCCAUUCCAGCAACGGAUCUGUGCUCGAGGAGAACAGUGCAGAAGAACUGCAGCUGCCCGAAAACCCAUAUGCCCCACCCGGCCCAGUAAGAAACCUGAAACAGCCCUCUCUCUUUGAGGGCAAGAAUGGAGUUCUAGAUCACAAAGGGGAAGCGAUGAAGCCAUCCCCCGUGCUGAACUUUCAGAGGCAUCCAGAGCUUUUACAGCCCUAUGAUCCUGAAAAGAAUGAGUUGAACUUACAAAAUCACAAGCCUCCUGAGAGUAAUUGGCUAAAAGCUUUCGCAGAAGAAGGGACCAACAAUAAGAAGGCUUGGACUUGCUUGUCCAAACCUAACCAUUCCCAGCUGACCAGGCCUCCCUCGGAAGACCCGGCCAGAUCCAGCGUGACGGCCAUUCGACUGUGCAGCUCCGUGGUCAUUGAUGACCCCAAGAAGCAGACCUCGGUGUGCGUGAAUGUUCAGAGCUGCAGCAGGGAGGGGCUGGCAGAGGAGGCCCUUGCCCCUAGCGGGAGGCCCCUACCCACCCACAGCGCUCACACCCACCCAGAAGCCAAGAAAACCAGGCCUGACGUGCUUCCGUUCCGGCGCCAGGACUCAGCUGGGCCCGUGCUGGACGGAGCCCGGUCCCGGAGAUCCUCCUCAUCGUCCACAACUCCCACUUCGGCCAACUCUUUGUACAGAUUUUUACUCGAUGACCAAGAAUGUGCCAUCCAUGCCGACAAUGUGAAUCGUCAUGAAAACAGAAGGUAUAUCCCCUUCUUGCCUGGAACUGGACGGGAUAUUGAUACGGGGUCGAUUCCUGGCGUGGAUCAGUUAAUUGAAAAAUUUGACCAAAAACCUGGGCUGCAGAGAAGAGGCAGGUCUGGGAAGCGAAACAGGAUCAACCCAGAAGACAGGAAAAGGUCCCGAAGCGUGGAUAGUGCAUUUCCUUUCGGUCUGCAAGGGAACUCGGAGUACCUGACCGAAUUCAGCAGGAACCUGGGCAAGUCCAGCGAACACCUGCUGCGGCCGUCGCAGGUGUGCCCGCAGAGGGCACAGGCACAGGAGCACCGGGGGAGGCAGGGUGGAGGGCGCACCUUCGCCAGGCUGCAGGGAGCCCAGCCCAGGCCGCCCCUGCAGAACAAAGAUGGGAAAGUUCCAGAAAACAAAGGUGGUCAGGAAAGUCCGACUGGGCGCACAUCCUCCCUCCCAGCACAGACUAAGAAGGGGGAGGAAAUCAAAACAACCACCGCUACGUUGAUGUUACAGAAUCGGGCGCAAGCAACUUCCCCGGACUCAGGUACCAAGAGGAUUUCUGUGAAGACAUUUACUUCCACCUCAAAUACUCAGGCCACACCGGAUCUAUUAAAAGGCCAGCAAGAACUCACUCAGCAAACCAAUGAGGAGACGGCCAAGCAGAUACUUUACAAUUACCUCAAAGAAGGAAGCACCGAUAAUGAUGAUGCUACUAAGAGGAAGGUCAACCUGGUCUUUGAGAAAAUCCAGACUUUGAAGUCUCGAGCAGCAGGGAGCACGCAAGGAAAUAAUCAAGCUUCUAAUUCUUCAUCUGAAGUCAAGGAUCUCUUGGAACAGAAAAACAAGUUGACCACAGAAGUCGCUGAACUUCAGAGACAGCUUCAACUAGAAGUCAAGAAUCAGCAGAACAUCAAAGAAGAGAGAGACAGAGUGAAAGCAAACUUAGAAGCACUCCAAAGUCAACAUGAAAGCAAGGUAGAAGAGAAUGCCGAGCUGCAGCGGCGGCUGGAGGGAAGUGAAGGGGAGCUCCGGAGACACCUGGAGGAGCUGUUCCAGGUGAAGAUGGAACGAGAACAGCACCAGACUGAGAUCAGGGAUCUCCAGGACCAGCUCUCAGAAAUGCAUGAUGAAUUGGACAGUGCUAAACAAUCCGAGGACAGGGAGAAGGGGGCUCUGAUUGAGGAGCUUCUGCAGGCAAAGCAGGACCUUCAACAUCUACUCAUUGCCAAAGAGGAGCAGGAAGACCUCUUGAGAAAGCGGGAGCGCGAACUCACCGCCCUGAAGGGAGCCCUGAAAGAAGAGGUUUCUAGUCACGACCAGGAGAUGGACAGGCUGAAGGAACAGUACGACGGCGAGCUGCGGGCCCUGCGGGAGAGCGUGGAGGAGGCCACCAAGAACAUCGAGGUCCUGGCCAGUCGGAGCAGCACCGCAGAGCAAACCCAGGUCGGGCCUGAGAUGCGCGCUAAGGCUCUGCAGGAAGAGAAUGAGAAGCUGCGGGGAAGCAUCCAAGAGCUGGAGCACACUGUCGCUCGGCUUCAGAGACAGGUUGCUGACCUGCAAGGUGACGAGGCCAAAGCGAAGGAAAUGCUCAAGAAGUACCAGGGAGAAGCUCGGCAAUUAGAGGAGGCCCUUGUGCAUGCAAGAAAGGAAGAAAAAGAAGCAGCGUCAGCCAGAAGGGCCCUGGAGAGUGAGCUGGAAGAUGCUCAGAGAAAUCUGAGUCAGGCCACCCAGGAGCAGAGGCAGUUGUCUGAGAAGCUAAAAGAUGAGACCCAGCAGAAGGAGCAGUUAAGGAGACUGAAGAGUGAGAUGGAGAACGAGCGAUGGCACCUUGACAAGACCAUCGAGAAACUGCAGAAGGAGAUGGCUGACAUUGUUGAGGUGUCCCGCACAUCAACGCUGGAGCUCCAGAACCAGCUGGAUGAAUACAAGGAGAAGAAUCGCAGGGAACUUGCAGAAAUGCAAAGGCAGUUGAAGGAGAAAACUCUAGAGGCAGAGAAGUCCCGUCUGACUGCCAUGAAAAUGCAGGAUGAGACACGUCUGUUGGAGGAAGAGUUACGGGACUACCAGAGAGCUCAGGAGGAAGCGCUCACGAAAAGGCAGCUUCUGGAGCAGACGCUCAAGGACCUGGAGUACGAGCUGGAAGCCAAGAGUCACCUCAAGGAUGACCGAAGCCGACUCAUCAAGCAGUUGGAGGACAAGGUGUCUCAACUGGAGAUGGAGCUGGAAGAAGAAAGAAACAACUCGGAUUCGCUGUCUGAGAGGAUCACUCGGGGCAGGGAACAGAUGGAGCAGAUGCGGAACGAGCUACUUCAGGAGCGAGCCGUGAAGCAAGACUUAGAGUGUGACAAGAUUUCCCUGGAGAGACAGAACAAGGACUUAAAGAGCCGGAUUAUCCACCUGGAAGGUUCCUACAGGUCCAGCAAAGAGGGGCUGGUGGUGCAGAUGGAGGCCAGGAUCGCAGAGCUGGAGGACCGUCUGGAGAGCGAGGAGAGGGACCGGGCCAGCCUCCAGGUCAGCAACCGCCGGCUGGAGCGGAAGGUGAAAGAGCUAGUGAUGCAGGUGGACGAUGAGCAUCUGUCGCUGACUGAUCAGAAGGACCAGCUGAGCUUGCGCUUGAAAGCAAUGAAGCGACAGGUGGAGGAGGCUGAGGAGGAAAUAGACAGACUGGAAAGUUCUAAGAAGAAGCUGCAGAGGGAGCUGGAGGAACAGAUGGACGUGAAUGAGCAGCUGCAGGGGCAGCUAAAUUCCAUGAAGAAGGACUUAAGACUUAAGAAGCUGCCAAGCAAAGUGCUGGAUGACGUGGACGGCGAUGACGACGACGACCUCAGCACAGAUGGGGGGAGCCUCUAUGAGGCGCCACUGAGCUACACCUUCCCCAAGGAUAGCACCGCCGCCAGCCAGAUCUGAGCCCACUUCCAGGGGCCUGCAGCCGCCCGCAGCGGGAGGCGAGGAAGGGAGCGCCAUCACCUCCUCUUCGUGGACCAGAUAAUUCCCCCCUGUGACAUCAUGUCCUCCUAGGAUCUCUAUGGCAGCACAGCUCUGGUAGCUUAGACAGCAGCUAUUGCAGGGUAUGCGUUGAGACGCCUGCAGCCACUUGGCAGGAUGGAGCCCCCGUUCUGCACAGCUGUCUGCAGCACCAUCUGCACUGCUGCUCCUCUCUGCCCUCCGCGCCCCCGUCAAGAAAAAGGGUCCAAAUGCUAGUUCCUAUUUAAUAGCCAUUGUGAAGCGGGGGGGGAUGCAUAGGCUGUACAUAUUUUAAAUCAGACCUUCUCACAGACUGCUGCUGUUCCAUUUUGGAAUGUUGCAGAGGCUUCGUGGGGUGGCUUGUUUGUAAAGUUCACACAUCUCUAUUGAGUAUUAUUUUUAAAAAUACAAAGCUACUAGAUUUUUAAGUAUAACUGAGCCAGAGGCAAGAGGGAGAAAGUAAAGACCACUCUGGGCAUCAGAGUUGGAAAAAGGAAUUGUGGUGAUAAGGCACAGUUAAUCCUAAGAAGAGAAGUUCAAGUGGUCUUGGUAAAGAACUUGUUGAUGGAGAGAGGGAAGUCAGAGGUCACUUGUAUCCGUGGUCCUUGGUUGCUUAUUUUAUCUAGAAUUUUGUUAAAAUUUUUGAACCAUGCUGAGACCAAUACCAGUCACGAGCCGCAAUUUCUUUUGCACAGGUGGAGUGGGCAGACAUGCACGUACGGUUUUUGACAAAAUGAUGUUGGUUUCCGGGGCCGGGGGUGGAGCCCUCCUGUCGUGUCUUUUUGGUCCUUUCCUCCCGCCUCCAAACUACACUCUCUCCACCGUCCCUGGACGGGGUGGUUACCAGGUGGGGACCGUGAGGGUUUGGGAGCAAGGUUCGUGGACUUAGGCUUGAGGAAGAGGCAGGUGAUGUGCAGUAAGGUCAUGGAGGAGAUAAGCAGGCGUGUGUGAGCGUGGGUAGGAAGGAGGAGGUGGAAGAGGAAGAAGUUGUUGAAAGCUGGGGGGAUGUGUAGGAUGCCUCUGCAAGAGGCAGAUUGAACAGGAUCUCAGGUUUAUGUCAGGAAAGGGAGGAAGGAAGCAGAAGUCAGACAGAGGCAUGUCUGUGCAAACUGGAAGAAUCCUGACUUCUGGGACAGAGGCACAGCGGCCGGCACCAGGCAGGAGGUCUGGGACUGGGUGAGGUCUGGGCAAGGCCACAUUGCUGGGAUGGAAUUUCAGGGAGGCACUGGGAGGAUGCUGGGUAUCCUGGCACUUCCUCUUGCCCUUCCUGGUGUCACCUCCACUGUGAUGAUCCCUAGGCACACACAGAGGCCAGGUCCAAUCACAGCCAGUCAGGGCCGUGGCCAGGGAGGGAACCCUUCGAGUUGUGUGCAUGUGAGUGAGUGUUCAGCUACCUCACGGUGUCCCCACAUAUCCUGGUAGAUAAGAGGCCUGUGACCCCAGCGCUCCAUGACAGUUGCCACAGGAAGCAGGGAAUCUCAGGGCCCUACCUACCCCAGGUCACAGAGUGCACCCAGCAGGAUUCAGAGUGAUCAGCCCCAUUUAUGGGUAGGUGUCGUCGCCCCCCGCCGCCAUGGGUGAGGCCCCAGAGCAGAAGAGCCAAGCCCUCUUCUACCUCUGCUGGGCGGAGUGCUUCUUGCCUCUGCUUACUUGUAUGGAGAGAUUCCUCCCUUUAGCCGUUCAUUCAUUUAGCAUAUAUUUAUUGGACAUCCAUGAUAUCCCAGUCUUUGGCACUGGGGACACAGCAGUAAAUAAAGUGGAUCAAAAUCCCUCCCUUCCUGGAGCACUGUCAGGGGAAAGGGGGUGAUAGACAACAGUCACACCAAUGAACACAGAGGCUGAGCCCCUUCAAACCUAGCCCCGGAGCCCCUCUGUCCUCUUGGGGAGGCAGCAAGCCUGUGGUUGGUUGACUGGCUCAUUGGAACCCACAGGGGUUCUUCGACUCUCAUAUGUUGUUGAGUUCCCCGCUGCUUCCACCACCAUUAGGAAUUUGCCAAGAAGCCUGCCCAGCAAUGCUUCCACCCGCUCAUCACUACAGAUUAGAGAUGGGAAAAGUUGGGGGCCCAAGAACUUUGGGAGCGAGUCAGCAUCUGUCUUAGUUUGUGAGAAAGUUUCUGCCUCUCAUUCUGGCCAGUUCCUUCCGGUAGCCAUGAGGCAGGCUGCAAGAAACAAACUGCCUGUGAAAAGAGAACAGAGCUCACCAUUCAGAAGAUCUGCAUCUUUACCCUAAAAUUGGAACGUUAAAAAUGUCAACAAAUGCGCCCUCCUGCGCUGUAAUGAGGCUGGCAGUGAACUGGAUGCAUGCAGUGCACCAGGAUGGGAGGAAUAUGAGCCUGGGAGCUGAGAGGAGAGAUGUUUUCAAGUACCAGCUCAUCUUACUGUGGUGACCUUGACGGGUGACCUUGAGAGGCCUGCACUCAGAGCGGCAGAUGACGGGGAAUGAUUGAGGACCAGGGCUCAAGGUCCUUGCCAGCUCUGACACGCUGUCAUUCUUUGAUCUUAUUAUGUACACAUACAUAUUUUUUUCUGUUUGUCGCUUUAAGAACUAACCCUACUCAAGAGUAUUUUCUUUAGCUAGUUUAAAAAGAAAAAAGAUAUUUUAUUUAAUAAACAAGUAUGUGGCCAAAUGCAGUGCUGAAGAGACAAUCAUCAUAUAGCUUUAUAAUUUUUUUUCCUGCUUCUGAGUGUCAUCCGACAAUGCCGAUAGUCUUAUUUUGUUGGGUUUCUGCUUUCGGGUAUGGU